CCUCCUACGUGAUAACUGAUCAAACAGAGCUACGGAAAAUCAAGUGCAUGGAGAAGACGGGGAUCAGCAUAACAAGAGAGCUCAUGUGGUGGUGGGGAGUGAGGCUGGCGACAGUACAGCAGCUCCUGGACCUGCUGCGAGGACUGCAGCUCUACCGAGCGGCUCAAGUCAUUCUGGACUGGACAUCAGCCGCUAAUAUUACCAACUCUGAAAAAGAAGAGCUGCUAGAGCCACCUAAACAGGAGAACGUAUCUUUAACUCCCACAGAAAACAAAAACAGGGAGAGAGAAAAGGAGAUGAGUCUGUUGCCAUCCCCAGACUCUUCACACCUGGGAGUAUCGCCAGCAGCUGGUGCCGUUUCUGAAGGAGCCUUGUAUUCACUCCCUUCACCACCACCUCCCCCAAGAGACCUUUUGAAAUCCUUACAGUCAAAUCCUCCUGUCUCAUCAAGUGUGAAGCCUUGCAGCUUUUCUACUCCUCAGCAGGAGACAAUGACUGAUCUCCCCAGCGGGAGUCUGUUGUGGACCCAGAGGGAAGUCGCUAAUGCCACAGAUGGUUUCAGUGACAAGAGCAGAAUUUGUGAAGGUACUUUUGGCGACGUCUACAAAGGUCAGAGGAACAACAUAGCGUAUGUCAUCAAAAGGCUGAAAGAGAUGGAAUGCACAAGCCCAAAUUCCACCCAAAGAUUCUUCCAUACAGAAGUGCAGAUUUGCUUUCG